AUGGAAGUGGGAAAUCGCACCAUCCUGACUGAAUUCAUCUUGGUGGGCUUCUCAGCAGACCCCCGGUGGCAGCUGAUUUUAUUUGGAAUAUUUCUGACACUCUAUUUGGUAACUUUGUCAGGGAACAUGACCUUGGUUAUCUUAAUCCGGAUUGAUUCCCACUUGCAUUCACCCAUGUACUUUUUCAUCGGCAAUCUGUCGUUUUUGGAUUUCUGGUAUACCUCUGUGUAUACCCCCAAAAUCCUGGCCAAUUGUGUGUCAGAAGAUAAGCGCAUUUCCUUGGCUGGCUGUGGGGCUCAGUUGUUCUUUUCCUGUGUUGUCGCCUACACUGAGUGCUAUCUCCUGGCAGCCAUGGCCUAUGACCGCCAUGUGGCAAUUUGUAGCCCAUUGCUUUAUGCAGGUACCAUGUCCACUUCUCUCUGCACUGGGCUUGUUGCUGGCUCUUACAUAGGGGGAUUUAUGAAUGCCAUAGCCCACACUGCCAACACAUUCCGCCUGCGCUUCUGUGGUAAAAAUAUCAUUGAUCACUUUUUCUGUGAUGCACCACCACUGGUAAAAAUGUCUUGUACAGACACCAAGGUCUAUGAAAAAGUGCUCCUGGGCGUGGUAGGCUUCACAGUCCUCUCCAGCAUCCUUGUCAUCGUGAUCUCCUAUUUAAAUAUCCUCCUGGCUAUCCUGAGGAUCCGCUCAGCGUCAGGAAGGCGCAAGGCUUUCUCCACCUGUGCUUCCCACCUCAUCUCGGUCAUGCUCUUCUAUGGAUCCUUGCUCUUUAUGUAUUCAAGGCCUAGCUCCACCUACUCCCUAGAGAAAGACAAAGUGGCCGCCUUGUUCUACACUGUGGUCAACCCACUGCUCAACCCUCUCAUCUAUAGCCUGAGAAACAAAGAUGUCAAAGAGGCCUUCAGGAAAGCGACACAGACCAUACGACCGCAAACAUGA